AUGUUCAUUAAUUUUUCAACAAUUCUUGCAUUUAUUUGCUUUCUAAAUGCAAAAUGUCGAGCACAGCCACAACCAAGCCAGUUUUGUAUUAACGAUGCUCAGUGUGGCCUACAUCAACGAUGCGCACCAAAUACUGCUGGCUUGCUUCUUUGUCAACCAUUUUUUAAUCAUAUAUCUAACAACAGACAAAAAGUAAGUAAUUACUUACGAGUUUUGAAGCAUGGUCAAACAGCUUGUCAAAGUGACCAUGACUGUGCGGGAUUUGGAAAAUGCAUUCGUAAUAAUUGGUAUAGUACAUGUCAAUACGAUUCGUUUGGAUGGAAAGCACUUGGUGCAGUGAACGAUAUAUGUUACGAAAAUGCCGAUUGUUCGGAGUAUCUUGAUUGCGUUAAACAACGAAGUGACACGUUCUCAUCCUGCCAGAUCAAUCCAGAAAAAUUUCCUUACAAAGCGUGUCAAAAUGAUAACGAUUGUAUAAUGCUGGAAAAAUGUUCGUUUAGUAAAUUAUACAACCAAAACCUAUGCUUGACACUUUCACCAUAUUCCACAAGAACCACAAUCAGUCCAUUUUGGAAUCAAGAAAUUGGUAAAGGUGUGAUUGUUAUGCCAACGGAUUCAAUUGGUCAUGGCGCUUAUCCUAGGCAUUUUGAUAAGGAAUGUAAUGCUGAUUAUCAGGCAGGUACAAUAUCAUUCAUCAUCUUCUCUCAUGCUAUAAAUAUUGCCUUUAUUAAUGAUGAUAGCUUAGCUGAACUAUUCCAACCACUUAAUUUUGAAGACUUUGACUGUAGUUCUGGGAAGCAUUAUAGUCUCUUAAUUGCUGAUUUCAGUUUAUAUUGA